AAGAAAAUUUUCACUUAUUACUGUUCUUUAAUUGUUUUCUAUUAUUUUGUGCAACAAAUAUUAUAUUUAAAACUUACUUAUAUUUGUAAAUAUAUAAGAUUUAUACGAAAAUGGGUUGUGGCAAGCUUUGUUUCUUGCUACAAAUUAUGUUACCUGCAUUGACAGUAGUUUAUUACAGUGAAGCCGUUUUCACUUUAAAUGAACUUGCUGAAGUUCUAGACGAAGCGAUGGACUAUAACAAAGAUCCGUGUGAAAAUUUUUAUGACUACGUUUGUGGUAAUUGGAAUAAAGCUUAUCCAAAACCUAAUCAUUCUUUUGUUUGGAAUAUUCAUCACAUGUCAAAGGAAAUCAUAACGCAAAAGAUUAGAGGUAUUUUAGAAGAUCGUAAUAAAUAUGGUAAUAAACCAUUACUUUCAAAGGAAAGGGCAUACUAUGAUGCAUGCAUGGAUGUAGAUUAUUCGUUGAAAGAAGGGAGAAAAUUGUACAAACAUAUUGUUAAAGAAAGCAAGAAAGCAGGUCCAAAUUGGCAAGAUGUAGCUGAAUAUUUUGCUGAUAAAAUUGGUGAAAUUUCUUUUUUUCAUGUUACAUUAGGCCACAAGAAUGAAUUGGAAAUUAUUAGACCAUCUCAGACGAAAUCAAACAAAUACGAAUUUAAUAUGAUAAGAAAACAUAUUGAUAUAUAUUUGGAAAAUAAGUCCCGUUAUUUAGGGUUAAUUAAAAAACAAUCCUUAAAUGCUUCCUUAAAGGCAGAUUUUAAACAUUUUGUUGAGCUUAUAUCUUGGCAAACACGUAAGCGAGAAUUACCAUUAAUUCCAGUUACUAUUGACAGAUUACAAAAAAUGUAUAAUGAAUCUUGCCCCUUUUUAAAUUCUACAACGCAGAUAAAUUGGUUUAGUUUUCUUAAAAAACUUGCUGGUCCUUCUGGUGAUUCUCUUACAAAUUUGCACAACAUAUAUAUUGAUUGGUCCUAUUUGAAAUCAAUAUGUGAAGUAUUAAGUUCAUCAACAAACGACGUAAUUGUUCAAUAUUUGCGGUUUACUUUGAAGAAGAUGAAAAUAUAAAGUUUUAUGUUAACAAGAUGUUGAACAAAAUGAACUUUAUUGAAAGAUCGAAUAAUUGCAUCCUCAGAAUGCCAUUAUCCACUGGGUAUUAUAAUAUUCUGGCGUCUAAGAAUAAUAUUUCUAGAAAAUUUUCUUUUGUAAGUUAAGAUAUGUGUACGUACGUAUGAAAAGGCCCACUUUGGACUUAUUUAUAAAUAUGAUUAUUUUCUUGUUCGAUUUUCAACAAUAGAAGAAAAAUCUAAAAUCGGAACCAAUUUUAGGGUGCGAUCCCAUGUGAGCAGAAUACGUCGACCGAAAGCAGAAAAUCAUGAGAGUGAAAAGAACAACAAUAUCAAUCUAUCUCUUUUGCAGUCAUGAUUUUCUGCUUUCGGUCGACGUAUUCUCCUCACAUGGGAUUGUAUCCUUAUAGAAUCUUUUCAAAUUAGAUGGAAAAAUUGAGCCCUUUUUAUGUGGAUGGACAUAUACAUAUAACGAUACCUUAUUUAUCAUAAUUACAAAUUUUGAAUAUUAACGAUUUUAUAA